AUGUUUGACGUGAUUGUUGUUGGGGCUGGAGUCGUGGGUCCGUGUGUGGCCACCUCCUUAGCCAGACAAGGCCGCAAAGUUUUAAUUGUGGAGCGCGAGUGGACCAUGCCGAAUAGAAUAGUCGGAGAGCUCAUGCAACCGGCAGGAGUCAAGGCUUUGAAGCAGCUGGGUAUGAUCCGAGCAAUCAACAAUAUAGACGCUAUCCAUGUGGAUGGAUACUACGUGUCCUACUACGGUGAACAUGUGGAUAUCAAGUACCCAGACAAGUCUGUGUUGAAUACGAUUGACACAGAUCCCGUGCCCGGAGCUUUGAAAGACGGCUCAGAAGACAAGCUAGAGUCUGAUAGCACCUUGGACAUUGCUGAGUGGGACAAUGUGUCUACUCUGAGGGGCGUUGCGUUCCACCAUGGCGAGUUUCUUAUGAAUCUGCGCAUGAUCUGUUUGGAGGAACCGAACGUGACUAAAUUGGAAGGAAACGUCACAGACCUUCUUCACGAAGGUGAGCGUGUGGUGGGAGUCAAGGUGGGGAACACGGACGAAUACCGGGCCAAAUUGGUGGUUUGUUGCGACGGUAUCUAUUCCAAGUUUAGAAAAGAGCUCUACCACGAGAAACAGCCGGACAUCGGGUCAUACUUUGUCGGCCUCGACCUUGUGGAUGCGCAGCUUCCGCGCAAGAACCACGGUCACGUCAUUUUGGGCAAACACGCGCCAAUUCUCGUCUACCAGAUCAGUCCUCAUCACACACGAAUUCUAUGUGCGUACCGAAGCAGCCAGCUUCCGAAACAAAAAGAGGUGCUAGAGUACCUCAGAAGUCAGGUACUUGUUUCCUUGCCAAAGUCCCUACAGCCUUGUUUCGAAAAAGCUCUGCAAGCAGAGAAAAACGUCUACAAAAGCAUGCCCAACCAAUUUUUGACAGCCAAACCAAACACGGUCCCUGGUUUAAUAUGUAUUGGCGACUCGCUCAAUAUGAGACACCCACUCACGGGUGGGGGGAUGACUGUUGGACUUAACGAUGCAGUUCUGCUCGGUAAGCUACUUUCGACCGUGUCCAACGACGAACUACUCGAUCACGGAAUAAUGCUAGAAAAAAUGCUCACUUUCCACGGAGAACGCAUACCGCUCGACGCCGUGCUCAACACGUUGUCGAUUGCCCUGUAUACGCUGUUCGCAGCAGACUCCAAGUACAUGGAGCUUUUGCAGAGAGGAUGUUUCGGUUAUUUCCAGAGAGGAGGAGAGUGCAUAUCGGGCCCCGUGGGGCUGCUUUCUGGAAUGAUCCAGAGACCUGGACUACUGUUCUACCACUUCUUCAACGUGGCGUUCUACAGCUGUUACAUGAACUUCUGUGAUCGCGGAAUUUUACUCAGUCCCUUGGCACUUUGGGAGAACAUCUGCACGCUGGCUAUUGCUGCGUGCGUGCUGCUGCCUUAUCUAGUGAAGGAAAUGUUAUAG